GCGCGCUCUCUCGGCGGCGCGCGCGCUCUCAGUCUCCGCCACCCACCAGCUCCCGCACCAGCAGCCGCGCCGCCGCCGCCGCCGCCGCCGCCGCCGCCCACCUUCUGCCGCCGCAGCCGCUCUCCCCUCCACCGCUUCCCUCUCCGGUCCUCGCCCUCUGUCGACCAUCAGGUGGGCCUUGAACCAGGAUGGCUGAUCCCCGCCAAGAGCUCAAUUCUCUGGAUGACCACACCUCGGUGUACGGGAUGGGGGAGAGGAAGGACCUCCCAUCCCAGGGUGGCUACUCCGUGCUGCAGGACCACGCCGGCGACUCCGACCGUGGCCUGAAAGAGUCUCCCCCGCAGGCCCCCGCCGAUGAUGGACCCGAGAAGCCGGGCCCUGGGACCUCUGACGAUAAGAGCUCGCCGACCGCCGAAGACGUGACAGCACCCCUAGUGAAUGAGGGCAUCCCUGGGGUGCCAGCAGCCGCUCAACCCCACACGGAGAUCCCAGAAGGAACCACAGCUGAAGAGGCAGGCAUUGGAGACACCCCCAACAUGGAAGACCAUGCAGGCGGACAUGUGACUCAAGCUCGCAUGGUCAGCAAAAGCAAAGAUGGGACUGGAAAUGAUGACAAGAAGAACAAGGAUAAUAAAGCUGGAACCAAGAUCGCCACACCCCGGGGAGGGGCCCCUCCGGGCCAGAAGGGCCCAUCGGGCAACACCACAAGGAUCCCGGCCAAAACCACGCCCAGUCCCAAGACCCCACCAGGCGAAUCCGGGAAAUCUGGGGACCGCAGUGGCUACAGCAGCCCGGGCUCUCCCGGCACCCCCGGCAGCCGCUCCCGCACUCCGUCGCUGCCCACGCCACCCACCCGGGAGCCCAAGAAGGUGGCGGUGGUCCGCACCCCGCCCAAGUCGCCGUCCUCAGCCAAGAGCCGCCUGCAGACCGCCCCGGUGCCCAUGCCAGACCUGAAGAACGUCCGGUCCAAGAUCGGCUCCACCGAGAACCUGAAGCACCAGCCGGGAGGUGGCAAGGUGCAGAUAAUUAAUAAGAAGCUGGAUCUUAGCAACGUCCAGUCCAAGUGUGGCUCAAAGGAUAAUAUCAAACACGUGCCAGGAGGCGGCAGUGUGCAAAUAGUCUACAAGCCCGUGGACCUGAGCAAGGUGACCUCCAAGUGCGGCUCGCUGGGCAACAUCCAUCAUAAGCCAGGGGGCGGCCAGGUAGAAGUGAAAUCUGAGAAGCUGGACUUCAAGGACAGAGUGCAGUCCAAGAUUGGCUCCCUCGACAACAUCACACACGUCCCCGGUGGAGGAAAUAAAAAGAUCGAGACCCACAAGCUGACUUUCCGAGAGAACGCCAAAGCCAAGACCGACCACGGGGCCGAGAUCGUGUACAAGUCGCCCGUGGUGUCGGGGGACACGUCCCCGCGCCACCUGAGCAACGUGUCGUCCACGGGCAGCAUCGACAUGGCAGACUCGGCCCAGCUCGCCACGCUCGCCGACGAGGUGUCCGCCUCCCUGGCCAAGCAGGGCUUGUGAUGGGACACGCGGGCGGCCGCGACCACGCAGAGAGAGUGGGAAGGAGAGGAUGACGCCCCGGCCCUCGCCCUCGCCCCCCUCAGCUGCUCCGCUCAGAUCUGGUCAUCGGUCAGUCACUUAACCUGCUUUUGUCGCUCGGCUUUGGCUCGGGACUUCAAAAUCAGUGACGGGAAUAAGAGCAAAUUUCAUCUCUCCAAAUUGACGGGUGGGCUCAACAGAAUAAAAUAUUUUUAAAAAACAUGGAACAAGCCGGCCACCCCCCCCCUUUUCCCCGGGCGCUCACUUUGGAUUCUUUUCCCCCCUUUGAGGAGAAGAGGGCGAAGGAGAGGCUCUGAAGGCUGCUUCUGGGGGACUUGAAGGGACUUUUCUUUACCCUUUUUCUGCGGGGGGGUGUC